UCUCCAACAAUUUGCAAAUUUUUGUUAAAACACACCCACACAGUCUUAUUUGAAAAACUUCAUUACACAUGCUCACCUUUCAUCCAAACUCCAAGCCAUGGCACCAAUAUGUUCCAACCAAUUUACACUCACAUACCACCUCUUCUACGUUAUACAAAACCAAAAUCCUUCCAUUCCAAAUUGCAAACACUUUAAAUGAAGGCAAGCAACCUAAACAAUCCUCAGCAGGCAAAAUCAAACGCCUUGUUCUGACCCAAGAAGGUAGAUCAAAACUAAACACCUACCCGGACCGAGAAUUCUAUGCUUAUCCAAGGUUUGUGACCCAUGUUGAUGAUGGAUUUAUAUCCACAUUGACCAAUAUCUAUAAAGAAAGGUUGAGACCAAGUUGGGAAAUUCUUGACCUCAUGAGUUCAUGGAUUAGCCAUCUACCUAAGGAAGUAACAUACAAAAAAGUGGUGGGACAUGGACUAAAUGCACAAGAGCUUGCAAAGAACUCUCAGCUGGACUAUUUCUUUGUGAAGGAUCUCAAUCAGGAUCAAAAGCUUGAAUUGGAAAGUUGUAGCUUUGAUGCAGUGCUAUGCACUGUGAGUGUACAGUAUCUUCAACAGCCAGAGAAGGUAUUUGCAGAGGUGUUUCGGGUGCUAAGGCCAGGAGGGGCAUUCAUUGUGAGCUUUAGCAAUCGAUUGUUCUACGAGAAAGCCAUAAGUGCAUGGAGAGAUGCGACUGGAUAUGGCAGGGUCCAACUAGUAGUGCAGUACUUCCAAUGUGUGGAAGGAUUCACUCAACCAGAAAUUAUUCGAAAGUUACCAGCUACUGGUGGUGCUCAAGAGGACAAAUCACCAUUCAGUUGGAUCAGGAAGCUGCUGGGAUUGUUGUCUGGAUCUGACCCUUUCUAUUCAGUGAUAGCUUAUAAGAACUUCAGACCAACAUAUGAAUGAACAUGUGCUUAGCCUUUUUAUAUGGAACAUCUGCAUUGGAGCAUAUACUAUAUGUUUGUGCCUUUAGCCAUGUAUACGUGUCACUCACUCUCCAAAAUUUUUGAAUUAUUUAUUUCUUUUGAGUCUAA